AUGAACGUGCCUGUGAUUUUUGUAAUCACACUUCUUUCUGGGAAAUGUAUUGCUGACUUGACAAGUAAUCUUGCUAUUGGUAAUGAAGCAGUACAGUCCUCUGACAAUGAAGACCUAGGAGUUGCCCAGAAUGCUGUCGAUGGGAACAUGGAUCCAGACUACAAAAAUGGCUCAUGUACUCACACUGCAACUGACCAAGAUAAUGCCUGGUGGAGAGUAGAUCUUGGUUUUGUCUACAGGAUAGUAAAGGUGGCCAUCACAAAUCGUGUAGACUGUUGUGGCGAUCUUUUAAUCGGGGCUGAGAUUCACAUUGGCAACAGUCUGAAUAGCAAUGGAAAUGAAAAUAAGCUAGCUGCAACUAUUGGGCCUGCUCACUGCAGGGGAACUGAAAUAUUCCAGUUUGAGCAUAUUGAAGGGCGGUAUGUCAACAUUUUUCUACCUGGGGUGAAUAAAAUACUCUCAUUAUGUGAGGUGGAGGUGUUUGCAGAUGAAGACGGUAUGUUUUGGCCUUCUUAUUUCCAAAUGAAUGUUGCUAAGGAAGCCACAACUGAGCAGUCAUCCACAUCUGAUGACUUGGGAAAUUAUCUGAAUGGCUCCUGCACUAAAACAACUUCUGAGGAUAAUCCCUGGUGGAGAGUGGACCUGGGUAAAGUCUACAAUGUAGGCCUGGUGAUUGUCACUAAUCGUGGAGACUUUUGCCAGGACAAUUUAGUCGGGGCUGAAAUUCGUAUUGGAAACUGCCUGGAUGACAAUGGAAACACAUCAGACAAUCUUGCUUUUGGAGCCAUAGCUGUGCAGUCCUCCCAAAAUGAUAACAUUGGAAGUCCAUUGAAAGCUGUAGAUGGUAACAAAACAACAUCCUACUUCAUGAACUCAUGCACUCACACUCAAUUGACGGAUAAUCCUUGGUGGAGAGUGGACCUCGGUGAUGUCUACAGUGUAUCUCGUGUCGCCAUCACCAAUCGCGGAGACUGUUGUAGUGAGCGGAUAGAAGGUGCUGAGAUUCAUAUUGGUAACUGCCUGAGCAACAACGGCAACACCAAUCAGCUGUAA